AUGGAUUACCACCAGCAACACCAGCAGCAGCACCAGUUCCUGAUGCCCCCGCCCGCGUCGCUGCCGGCGCAGCAGCAGCAGCUGUGCGCGCCGAUGAUGGGCAUUGACAUGGACAUGGACAUGGACAUGGACGAGCAGCUGUGCUUCAUGGGGAGGGGCGGCGUGGGGAGGGGGGCGGAGAGGAAGCGGCGGUUCACGGAGGAGCAGAUACGGUCACUGGAGUCCAUGUUCCACGCGCACCACGCCAAGCUGGAGCCCCGGGAGAAGGCGGAGCUGGCGCGCGAGCUGGGCCUGCAGCCGCGCCAGGUGGCCAUCUGGUUCCAGAACAAGCGCGCGCGGUGGCGCUCCAAGCAGCUCGAGCACGACUUCGCCGCCCUCCGCGCCGACUACGACGCCCUCCACUCCCGCGUCGAGUCCCUCAAGCAGGAGAAGCUCGCCCUCGCCGCACAGUUGCACGAGCUGAGCGAGAGGCUGAGGCAGAGGGACGGCGGCAGCGGUGGCGCGGCGACCGCCACCGCCAGCAGCAGCAGCUGCAACGGAGGCGGGCAGGAGCUGGACGACGACAAGAGGAACAUCGUCGCCGGGUGCGUCGACGUCGAGCCCCCCGAGAGCUGCGUGCUCGGCGGGACGACGUGCGCCACGCCGGCGGACGUCUCGGUGUCGGUGGAGUCGGAGUGCGACGACCACCUCCACUACGACGGGGCGGUCUUCCCGGAGUCCUUCUGCGCCACGCCCGAGCUGUGGGAGCCGUGGCCGUGGCCGCCCGUCGAGUGGAACGCGGUGGCUUGA